AUGGCUUCAUCCUGGAUACCAGAAAACUCGUCCCCUAAGAGCAGCCGCCGUAGGGGAAUUAACCUGCAAAAGAAGGUCGAUGAGCUCGUGCACAAAUACUUCAAGAUCAAAUGUCCCAGUCCCGUCCUCCGCGAUAUCCUCAGAAGCACUGAGAAAUCCGAUCUCCUAGUCAGUGCUGUCCGACUUCAGGUUUCACUGGCCAGAUGCCGCUCUCAGGACUUUAAUGAUGGUCAGGUCACCAUCUACGAUAAAGCUCUGUUGACGCUGUCAAAAAAUGGAGACGAGCCUGCGGAACUGAGCGUCCUUGAGCUCUACCUGACUGAGUAUCUGGGGAUUGUGCCUAUUGCCAACACUUCGCACAGUCUGAAUGUGGCCACUAAGCGUCUUGGGCUGCAUCGGGCUUUGACCAAAGCGCCCUCAUUGACAUUUCUCCACGCAGAGUCGCCCAAUUCUGAAGAGCCUACCCUGAAGGUGGAUGGACAAGUCCCUGCCAUUACCACCAGCAGCAGCGAGCCGACAAAGGAGUCUGGCCUUCACUCAGAAGAUACCAAAGGUUUGUCCGAAGUCUUUCGCGAAGCAAAGCCUGAAGGAAAAAAUGUUGUCCCCGAUAAAGCGGAUACCCGGAAACAUGAUCGCGAGAACGGGCGGAAUGAAAGAGCCCGCACGGCCGGCAAAGAGCCGAUGAAGAACUACAAUCCCGGCAAAGCAGAUACGAAAGCUUCCCUGAAAAGAAAGAGGGACGACGAGAGCGUCCAGAGUCGAGUGGAGCGGCUUCUUGAUGUCUUCUUCAAAGCCAGAGAUGACCACAUCAACAGAAGACGAAAGGAGACAGCAAGCGAUCUAAACACUGUUCGAUUUGUGCGAGACUCAGCCGAAAAUGCUCUGACAUACCUCCGUGCCAACAAUAUGAAGGACCAUGAGGCCAUUCCGGACCUUGAAAAGUGGUUUGUCAUCAUGAGAGAUAAAGCUACUGCUCUUACAGGUGGUCGAGGGCGCCAUUUCGAUGAGAAGCCUCCCCCGGCCCCCAAAUUCUUGCGCCCGAAGAAGCGUUCACGAUUCCUGAUCGACUCUUACAGACCUCGGCGGUGGAGUCACUUGGUUCCUGAAGGUGAUGCCUCUUCUUAA